AUGAACGGCAAAAUAAAUGAACUCUUGGAAGCAGGAAUUAUAAGAAAAUCCACAUCGGAGUAUGCUAGUCCUGUUGUCCUAGUCAAGAAAAAAGGAGGGGAUUAUAGGCUUUGUGUCGAUUAUAGGGCGUUGAAUGCUAAUACUAUUAAGGAUCGAUAUCCCCUACCUCACAUUGAAGACCAAGUUACCCGUCUAUCGGGUAAAUCCUAUUUUACAACACUAGACCUCGCUCAGGGAUACUACCAAGUACCAAUUGAUGAUGAGUCCAUAAGAAAAACCGCGUUUAUCACCCAAUCAGGCCUUUAUGAGUUUUUAAAAAUGCCUUUUGGAUUAUCCAAUGCACCAGCUGUAUUUGCGCGACUAAUCCAAGUAACUUUAGGGGAAGUAUCUCACGAAAUAGCUCUAUAUUUAGAUGAUGUUAUGAUUCCAACUAUUUCAGUAAAAAGGGGAUUAGAACUUUUGGAACAAGUCUUGGGGUUACUUGAAAAAGCUAAUCUAAAAUUGAAUUUAAAAAAGUGUUCAUUUCUUAAAAAUACCACUAAUUAUUUGGGCCAUGAAAUCUCUGCCGGUACAAUACAGCCAGGUCGAGCUAAAAUUAACUGCGUAGCUGAAUAUCGUCGGCCCCGAAAUGUACACGAAGUCAGGCAGUUUAUUGGAUUAACGUCUUAUUUUAGAAAAUUUAUAAGAAACUUUGCACAAAUAGCACAACCCUUAACUGAACUCACUAAAAAGGAUAUAGAGUGGCAUUGGGAUUCCCAGCAGGAACAAGCAUUUCGUACACUAAAGCAACGAUUAAUAGAAAGACCAGUUUUAGGCAUAUACGACAAGGAUGCUAAAACAGAACUCCAUACCGAUGCAAGUAAACUCGGCUUAGGCGGGGUGCUCAUCCAACACCAAAGAGAUGGUAACUUAAAACCAAUCGCAUUUUUUAGUAGAGUCACGACGAAUGAAGAAAGAUGUUAUCAUAGCUAUGAAUUGGAGACUCUAGCUGUUGUAGAAUCCCUUAAACGUUUUCGUAUAUACCUUACAGGCAUACCCGUAAAGAUAGUUACGGAUUGUGCGGCUCUACGCACUACGUUAGUUAAAAAGGAUUUGAUUCCGCGUAUAGCCCGAUGGUGGCUAACUAUCCAAGACUUUGACCUAGAAAUAGAGUACCGGCCAGGCGAACGUAUGAAGCAUGUUGAUGCCCUGAGUUAA